AUGUGCACUCUGGCAACUCCAACUUAUUAUGGUCAACCUUCCAUCUCUCAUAUUUUGGAAGAUGCCAGUGAUGUCUAUUCUCUGGUCGAUAGGUGUGGAAUGGCUAUGAUUGUUGAUCAGAUUAAAGUACCUCAUCCAAGUCACCCAUCAACCCGUGUUUCUGUUCAAGUGCCUAGCCUUGGCAUUCACUUUUCACCAGCCAGAUAUUUCAGACUAGUGGAAUUAUUGAAUAUACUCUAUGGUACAAUGCAAAGCGGCACACAACAUGUUGUUGAAAAUUUUCAAGAAGAACUUGCCCCUUGGAAUCCCCCAGAUCUUGCAACUGAGGCUCGAAUUCUUGUUUGGAGGGGUAUAGGCUAUUCUGUUCCAGCAUGGCAGCCUUGUUUUCUUGUGUUAUCUGGAUUGUAUUUUUAUGUGUUGGAAUCUGAAAUUUCACAGAGUUACCAGCGUUGCUUAAGCAUGGCUGGUAAACAAGUAUAUGAAGUUCCUUCUACCAAUGUUAGCGGUUCACCAUCUUGUGUUUCUGUUAGUGUUAGAGGCCUCGAUACCCAGAAGGCUCUGGAAUCUUUUAGUACACUGAUAAUAGAGUUUCGGGAUGAGGAGGAGAAGGCUACUUGGUUGAGAGGACUUACACAAGCCACUUACCGAGCUUCUGCUCCUCCUUCACUUGAUAUGCUUGAAGGAUUACGUGAUGAUGUAGCAGAGUUUGCUGGAACUCAGGCCUCCAGCUUGAAGACAGCCGACCUUGUUGUUCAUGGGACAUUAGUAGAAACCAAGUUAUCAGUUUAUGGAAAGAUCAAUUUGCAGGCUGGAGAUGGAUUGCUUCAGACAACUGAGGAGACUCUAAUACUUGAGGUUCUUGGCAGUGGGGGAAAGGUGAAUGUUGUUCGGUGGGAAGGGGACCUAACCAUUAAGAUGAAGUUGCACUCACUGGAAAUUAAAGAUGAGUUUCAAGGAGGUUCAUCCUCAGCUCCACGUUAUUUAGCUUGCUCAGUGGUGAAGAAAGACCAGUCAGUUGCGUCCCAUAGUAUCUCAGAUCUGCAUGGGAUAGAGUUAUCUGCUGCAACAAUAGAGGAUGAUGAUAUUUUCAAGGAUGCAUUACCAGAUUUCAUGUCUUUGCCGGAUUCUUCUGAAGUCUUAAUUCAUGACAAGGAUUGUGGGAAAGGAAAAAGCAUGUCUGGCGAUGUGUUUUACGAGGCACAGGGCACUGAUGAAUCUGAUUUUGUCUCUGUUUCAUUCUUGACGCGGAAUCCUGGUUCGCCUGCUUAUGGUGGUAUUGAUACACAGAUGAGCAUUUGCAUGUCCAAGUUGGAAGUCUUUUGCAACCGACCCACUCUUGUUGCUUUAAUUGGUCUUGGCAUUGAUCUGAGCACUGCAAACAGUGGGGUUAGUGGCACAAAUGUGACAAAAGCUGCAGAUGGUGAAUCUUCAGUGAGAGAAGACAAGACAGAAGAGCAUGGGCAUGCGUCUGUCAGAGGGCUACUGGGAUAUGGGAAAGGUCGUGUUGUAUUUUAUUUGGAUAUGCACGUUGAUAGCGUCUCUGUAUUUCUUAAUAAGGAGGAUGGUUCUCAGCUUGCAAUGUUUGUGCAAGAAAGUUUUGUGUUGGACCUAAAGGUUCACCCGAGUUCCUUAUCCAUUGAAGGCACAUUGGGAAACUUGAGGCUCCGUGACCUGUCGCUUGGAACAGAUAACUGUUGGGGUUGGCUUUGUGACAUCCGCAAUCAGGGGACUGAAUCUCUUAUUCAAUUUACAUUCCAUUCUUAUAGCGCCCAAGAUGAUGAUUAUGAAGGCUAUGACUAUAGCUUGCGUGGCCGUCUCUCUGCAGUUCGUAUUGUAUUCCUCUAUAGAUUUGUUCAGGAGAUAACUGCAUACUUCAUGGAGCUUGCUACCCCAGACACUGAUGAAGCAAUUAAACUUGUUGAUAAAGUUGGAGGAUUUGAGUGGUUGAUUCAGAAAUAUGAGGUUGAUGGAGCCUCUGCAUUAAAGCUGGACCUUUCACUGGACACUCCAAUAAUAAUAGUGCCAAGGAAUUCGAUGAGCAAAGAUUUCAUGCAACUUGAUCUGGGCCAUCUACGGGUGAGAAAUCAUUUCAGUUGGCAUGGAUGCCCAGAGAAAGAUCCUUCGGCUGUCCAUCUUGACAUUCUUGAUGCAGAGAUAUUGGGAAUCAACAUGGCCGUAGGAAUUGAUGGUAGAAUAGGUAAACCAAUGAUACGGGAAGGUCGAGAUAUUCAUGUUUGUGUUAGACGCAGUUUAAGAGAUAUUUUUCGGAUAGUACCCACGUUUUCUUUGGAGGUGAAGGUGGGUUUAUUGCAUGCUGUGAUGUCUGACAAAGAAUAUACUGUUAUUCUGGAUUGUUUCUACAUGAACUUGAAUGAACAACCAAGACUUCCUCCUCGUUUUCGAGGCAGCAAAUCUGGUUCAAAAGAUACAAUAAGAUUGCUGGCAGAUAAGGUAAACAUGAAUAGUCAUGUCUUCCUAUCACGUACAGUUACCACGAUGGCUGUGGCAGUGGACCAUGCCUUGUUAGAGUUGUGCACCUGCAUUCAUGAGGAGUCACCUUUGGCUCAUGUUGCUCUAGAAGGUCUUUGGGUGUCAUACCGAAUGACUUCGUUAUCAGAAGCAGACCUCUAUUUAACCAUUCCCAGAUUUUCUAUUUUGGACAUUCGCCCUGAUACAAAACCUGAAAUGCGCCUGAUGCUUGGGUCAUGUACUGAUGUUCCAAAACAAGCUUCAACUGGAAGUUUUCCAUUCUCUCUAGAUAAAGGUGGCAUUACUAGAAUAGACACAGAAGCUGAAGCCAGCAUGGAUGAACCAAACUCUACUAUGUUCUUGAUGGACUGCAGGUGGCGAUCAGCAUCCAAAUUGUUUGUGGUUCGUGUUCAGCAGCCUCGAGUUCUUGUCGUUCCAGAUUUCCUUCUUGCUAUUGGGGAGUUUUUUGUGCCAGCUUUGGGAACGAUAACUGGCAGGGAAGAAUUGAUGGACCCUAAGAAUGAUCCUAUUAGCAAGAGCAACAGCAUAGUGCUCUCGACUCCUCUUUACAAACAGAGAGAGGAUGUAGUACACCUGUCUCCAAAUAGACAGCUAGUGGCAGAUGCUCUUGGAGUUGAUGAAUAUACAUAUGACGGUUGUGGGAAGACUAUUUGUUUAGGAGAAGGAAAAGAAAUAAAGGCCGGCCAUGCUUCAGGGUAUCAACCUAUUAUUAUUAUUGGACGUGGUAAGAGGUUGCGAUUUGUAAAUGUGAAGAUUGAGAAUGGUUCCCUUUGGAGGAGGUAUACAUACUUGAGUAACGAUAGCAGCUACUUGGUCUCCCUGGAAGAUGGUGUUGAAAUCUUGUUGCAGGACAAUACUUCUCUUAACUGUGCAAAAAGGAGUCCAGAUUAUGUGGAAGAAUUAUCAUAUACUUCAAAUGCUUCCGAUUGUAUUCAAGAUGAAUCAAGUAACACCCAAAGUUUUAGUUUUGAGGCCCAGGUUGUGUCUCCUGAGUUCACCUUCUACGACAGUAGUAAGUCAUCCCUGGAUGAUUCCUCACAUGGUGAAAAGCUUCUCCGUGCAAAAAUGGAUUUCAGCUUCAUGUACGCAUCAAAAGAAAAUGAUACUUGGAUUCGAGCACUUAUGAAGGAUCUUACUGUUGAGGCUGGUUCUGGUCUCAUUAUACUUGAUCCAGUGGAUAUUUCCGGGGGAUAUACUUCCGUUAAAGAUAAAACAAACAUAUCCCUGAUAUCCACUGAUAUAUAUGUCCAUCUUUCUCUGAGUGUCAUUUCCCUUCUACUUAACCUGCAAAGUCAGGCAACUGCAGCGUUACAAUUUGGCAAUGCUGAUCCUCUGUCUCCUUGUACUAACUUUGACCGAGUUUGGGUGUCGCCAAAAGAAAAUGGGCUCCUUAACAACCUUACUUUUUGGAGGCCUCGAGCUCCUUCGAAUUAUGUUAUAUUGGGAGAUUGUGUGACAUCAAGACCAAUUCCUCCCUCACAAGCAGUAAUGGCCGUGUGUUGUACAUAUGGGCGUGUACGAAAGCCUAUUGGUUUCAAGUGCAUAGGCAUAUUUCCUGGUAUUCAAAGAUUGGAAGGAGUAGAAGGCCGUUCUGAUAUUGGCGGUGAUUGUUCGCUAUGGAUACCCAUUCCUCCACCAGGAUAUUUGGCUAUAGGCUCUGUUGCAAAUGUGGGGAGCCAACCACCGCCAAAUCACAUUGUUCACUGCAUACGUUCUGAUCUUGUGACAUCCACAACUUAUUCAGAAUGCAUGUUCAGUACUUUCUCAAAUGCUUCCUUUGCGUCUGGAUUUAGCAUCUGGCGUUUAGACAAUGUUCUUGGCUCAUUUUAUGCCCAUCCUUCAGCUUCUUGUCCUCCCAAAAAAAGUUGCUGUGACCUGAAUCAUCUUCUUGUAUGUAACUCAAUACAGCAUCAUUCUUCCAUGGAAGAGUCUACCUCAGAUUUAUCUGUUGACAAUGACACUGGGAAUCAGCACACAAGUAACCAGAGUUCCGGUUCAGCUGAAUGGGACAUUCUCAGAUCAAUUUCAAAAGCAACUAACUGUUACAUUUCAACCCCAAACUUCGAAAGAGUCUGGUGGGACAAGGGUAGUGAUCUCCGCCGACCAGUCUCCAUAUGGCGACCCCUACCACGUCCUGGUUAUGGCGUACUGGGUGAUUGCAUAACUGAAGGUUUGGAACCACCUGUUAUGGGCAUAAUUUUCAAGGCUGAUAAUGCCGAGGUCUCAGCAAAGCCAGUUCAGUUUACUAAAGUUUCUCACAUUGUGGGGAAAGGUCUGGAUGAAGCUUUCUUCUGGUACCCAAUUGCUCCCCCUGGUUUUGCUUCUCUUGGAUGCAUAGUCUCCCGAACAGAUGAAGCACCACACCUGGAUUCAUUUUGCUGCCCGAGGAUGGAUCUGGUUAGCGAAGCUAAUAUUCUUCAAAUGCCCAUUUCAAGAUCUUCGAGUUUGAAGGCAUCUCAAUGCUGGAGUAUUUGGAAAGUUGAAAAUCAGGCCUGCACAUUCCUUGCACGCUCUGAUCAUAAAAAACCUUCCAGCCGAUUGGCAUUUACUAUUGGCGAUUCUGUGAAGCCUAAGACACAGGACAACAUAACUGCUGAGAUGAAAUUAAGAUGUGUUUCUGUGACUGUCUUAGACAGCUUAUGUGGAAUGAUUACACCACUUGUCGAUGUCACAAUCACCAAUGUCAAGCUUGCAACACAUGGUGGACUGGAGGCAAUGAAUGCUGUGCUUAUUUCUUCUAUUGCGGCUUCAACCUUCAACACACAAUUAGAAGCAUGGGAGCCACUUGUGGAGCCAUUUGAUGGAAUUUUUAAGUUUGAAACAUAUGAUACCAAUUUGCAACCACCAUCAAGACUCGGAAAAAGGGCACGUGUUGCUGCUACCAGUAUCCUGAAUAUAAAUAUCAGUGUGGCGAAUCUUGAUACAUUUACAGAUACUGUGAUUUCAUGGAGAAGACAGAGAGAACUUGAACAGAAAGCUAUCAAACAGAAUGAGAAAGCUGGUCAUUCUCAUGGACAUGGAGAGGAUUCAAAUUUUUCUGCCUUAGAUCAGGAUGAUUUUCAGACAUUGAUAAUAGAAAAUAAACUCGGGUGUGAUAUAUAUCUGAAGAAAGCUGAGCAAAAUCUUGAUACACUUGAAUUGUUACCUCAUGAGGGUUGUGUUUCUGUAUGGAUCCCACCUCCAAGGUAUUCCGACAGGUUAAAUAUUGCAGAUAAAUCAAGGGAAUCAAGGCGUUAUGUUGCUGUACAGAUUCUUGAAGCCAAGGGCUUACCAAUUGUUGAUGAUGGAAACAGCAAUAACUUCUUCUGUGCUUUGCGCCUUGUCAUUGAUAGUCAGGAGAUUAAUCAGCAAAAGCUUUUUCCUCAGAGUGCAAGGACCAAAUGUGUUAAGCCAGUAAUUUCCAAAACCUGUAGUCUUGAUGAAGGCACCGCAAAAUGGAAUGAACUUUUUGUAUUUGAAGUUCCUCAGAAGGGACUGGCUAAGUUGGAAGUGGAGGUGACAAACCUUGCUGCAAAAGCUGGAAAAGGUGAAGUUGUGGGUUCAUCUUCAUUUUCCAUCGGACGUGGUUCAAAUAACUUGAAGAAGGCUGCUUCAGUGAGAAUGCUGCACCAAGCAUCAGAGAUUCAAGAUAUUGUUUCCUAUCCCCUGAAAAGAAAAGUUAACACUGAUGAUAUGCAUUCCCAUGGAUGCCUUCUAGUUUCCACUUCUUAUUUUGAAAGGAAACAAGAUGCAAACAUGCGAAGUGAUAUAGGAGAUGGGAAUGAUGUAGAUAGAGAUGCAGGUUUCUGGGUGGGGCUUUCCCCGGAAGGCAGAUGGGAAAGUUUUCGUUCAUUCAUUCCUCUGUCAGUGAUCACCAAGACUUUGGAAGAUGAUUUUAUUGCUAUGGAAGUUGUUAUGAAAAAUGGCAAGAAACAUGCAAUUUUCAGAGGUCUUGCUACGGUAGCAAAUGAUUCAGAUGUCAAGUUGGAUAUAUUCCUCUGUCAUAUUUCCAUGGUUCAACAAGUCACUGAACGGCACAGAACAAACUCAGACAAUGUUGUUGUUGCCAUAAGUCCCGGUUCUUCUGCUGUUUUACCUUGGAGAAGUUUGUCGAAGAAUUCUGAUCACUGUUUACAAGUUCGUCCUUGCAUUGAUGAUCCUCAGCCCCCAUACUCAUGGGGGCACCCAGUUGCUGUUGGUUCUGGCUACUCCGGGGGAAAGGAUCAACAGUCUAUUGAUCAGGCUUUGCUCUCCAGACAAAAUACCUUGAAGCAGGGAAGUAAAAUCCCCUUUUCUUUGUUCAAGUUAAGUCAGCUUGAGAAGAAGGAUGUACUUUUAUGUUGUUCAAGCACUGGUAGUAAGCAAUUUUGGCUCAGCAUUGGCACAGAUGCCUCAGUUCUUCACACAGAGCUCAAUGCUCCUGUGUAUGAUUGGAAAAUAUCUAUUAACUCUCCACUGAAAUUAGAGAACCGACUUCCUUGUCCAGCAGAAUUCACAAUCUGGGAAAGAUUAAGAGAGGGCAAUAUUAUUGAGCGAAAGCGAGGUAUUGUCUCAUCACGAGGAACUGUACACAUAUAUUCUGCUGAUGUCAGGAAUCCUAUAUAUCUUACAUUGUUUGUUCAAGGCAGUUGGGUUCUGGAAAAGGACCCUGUUCUUGUUUUGGAUCUCUCUUCUAAUAAUCACGUUUCGUCAUUUUGGAUGGUUCACCAGCAGAAGAAAAGGAGAUUGCGUGUAAGCAUUGAACGGGACAUGGGAGGAACCACAGCUGCUCCCAAAACCAUAAGGUUUUUUGUUCCGUAUUGGAUUAGCAACGAUUCCUCUCUGUCUUUGGCAUAUCGAGUGGUGGAAAUUGAAACUUCGGAUAGUGGGGAUGUUGAUUCCCUCCUCCUCUCCAAGGCUGUUAAAUCUGCAAAAACGGCCUUGAAAUAUCCUGCUAAUUUGAUGGACAGAAAGCAAAUUGGCCCAAGGAAAAAUAUUCAAGUACUUGAUGCAGUUGAGGACACUAGUCCAGCACCUAGUAUGCUUUCUCCACAAGACUAUGUAGGCCGUGGUGGGGUUAUGUUGUUUUCAUCACGAAACGAUGCGUAUCUAUCCCCACGAGUGGGUAUUGCUGUUGCUCUUCGACAUUCUGAAAAUUUUAGUCCUGGGAUAGCUCUUCUUGAGCUGGAAAAGAAGCAACGUGUUGAUAUCAAUGCCUUCAGUUCAGAUGGAUCCUACUACAAGCUUUCGGCUCUACUACAGAUGACUUCAGAUAGAACAAAGGUUGUUCAUUUUCAACCACACACCCUGUUUCUCAAUCGGGUAGGCUACAGUCUAUGUCUGCAGCAGUGUGAUACUCAAUUGCUGGAAUGGAUUCUUCCUACUGAUCCUCCAAAACAAUUUAGGUGGCAGUCAAGAAAAAUUGAAAAGUUGAAGUUGCGGCUGGAUGGAUACAAUUGGAGUACACCAUUUAGUGUUGGGACAGAAGGUAUCUUUUGUGUUUCCUUGAAAAGUGAAACCACAAAAGAUCAAAUGCGUUUAAGGGCCGAAGUAAGAAGUGGAACAAAGAGCUCACGCUAUGAAGUUAUUUUCCGUCCCAAUUCAUUAUCUAGUCCUUACAGGAUUGAAAAUCGUUCUAUGUUUUUGCCCUUACAUUUUCGGCAAGUAGGCGGUGCCAGUAAUUCAUGGCAGUCUCUUCUUCCUAAUGCAGCUGCUUCCUUUCUGUGGGAAGAUCUUGGUAGACAACUAUUGCUGGAACUAGUUGUAGAUGGUACUGACCCUUUGGCAUCCCUGAAAUACAAUAUUGAUGAGGUGUUUGAUCAUAAGCCCAUUCAUGUGGUGGGCCAAACUGGUAGAGCUCUAUGUAUUACUAGUCUGAAAGAAGAGAGAAUGAAUGUCAUUAUGAUCAGCGACUGGAUGCCAGAAAAUAAACCUUCAGCGAUUCUAAAUACGAGAGUUCUUUCAUUUGUGUCACAAACUUCUGGAAAUGACUCACAGCCUCAGCAAUCAAUGUCCACCUCAGGUUGUGAAUUUCAUGUUAUUAUUGAGAUUGCUGAGCUCGGACUAUCUGUUAUUGAUCAUACACCUGAGGAGAUAUUAUAUAUGUCAGUCCAGAAUCUUCUGCUAUCAUAUUCAACUGGCUUGGACACUGGAAUCAGUAGGUUCAAAUUAAGAAUGCACGGGAUUCAGGUGGAUAAUCAAUUGCCUUUAACUCCAAUGCCGGUUCUCUUCAGGCCACAAAGAGUUGGAGAGGAUAUCGAUUAUAUCUUGAAAUUUUCCAUGACACAGCAAUCGAAUGGAUCAUUGGAUUUAUCUGUGUAUCCAUACAUUGGUUUUCAAGGGCCUGAAAAUUCUGCCUUUUUGAUAAACAUUCAUGAACCAAUCAUUUGGCGCCUUCAUGGGAUGAUUCAUCAUGCCAACCUAACUCGGUUAUAUGAUACUCAAAAUACUGCUGUUUCAGUUGACCCAAUCAUUCAAAUACGUGUACUUAACAUCUCGGAAGUUCGGUUCAAAGUCUCAAUGGCUAUGUCACCAAGUCAACGACCAGUUGGUGUCCUUGGGUUUUGGUCAUCCUUGAUGACUGCAUUGGGGAACACUGAAAAUAUGACUGUCCGGAUCAAUCCAAAAUUCCAGGAAAAUGUGUCCAUGAGGCAAAGUGUACUUACCAGCAAUGCCAUCUCAAAUAUUAGGAAGGAUCUUCUUAGCCAGCCUCUUCAACUGCUUUCAGGCGUUGAUAUACUGGGCAAUGCAAGCAGUGCUCUUGGUCAUAUGAGCAAAGGUGUUGCAGCCUUAUCAAUGGAUAAAAAAUUCAUUCAAAGUCGACAGCGACAGGAAAACAAAGGUGUGGAGGACUUUGGUGAUGUUAUCAGAGAGGGGGGUGGAGCACUGGCGAAAGGUUUUUUCCGAGGAGUCACGGGCAUUUUAACCAAGCCUCUAGAAGGUGCCAAAGCUUCUGGUGUGGAGGGUUUUGUUCAGGGUGUUGGAAAAGGAAUAAUAGGUGCAGCUGCACAGCCUGUGAGUGGAGUUCUGGAUCUUCUGUCAAAAACUACCGAAGGUGCCAAUGCAAUGCGGAUGAAGAUAGCAUCCGCUAUUACUUCAGAAGAUCAACUCCUCCGUAGGCGACUGCCCCGAGUAAUUGGUGGUGAUAAUUUGCUUCGACCAUACAGUGAUUACAAAGCACAGGGACAGCUAGCGGAAUCUGGGUCAUUCUUUGGCCAGGUUGAUCUGUUUAAAGUACGUGGAAAGUUUGCUUUGUCAGAUUCUUAUGAAGACCAUUUUUUACUCCCCAAAGGAAGAAUCCUUGUUGUCACUCAUCGGAGGACUAUAUUGUUGCAACAAACCUUCAACGUUAUUGCACAGAAGAAGUUCAAUCUAGCUAGAGAUCCAUGUUCUGUGUUGUGGGAUGUACUGUGGGAUGAUCUGGCGGCAAUGGAAUUGACUCAUGGAAAGAAAGACUACCCAAAUGCUCUGCCUUCACGGCUUAUUCUAUAUUUACACUCCAGAUCAUUAGAGAUGAAGGACCAAAUUCGUGUUAUAAAAUGUGACCGCGAUUCCAAACAGGCUGUUGAGAUUUAUUCUUCAAUUGAGCAAGCAAUGAACACUUAUGGUGCAAACCAAUCAAAGGCGAUGCUAAAGAGGAAAGUGACAAAACCAUAUUCACCAAUAUCUGAUUUUGCCCGUGCUGAUAUAACUCCUAAGGAUAGUGUUUGCAUAUGGUCUCCCCAGCAGGUGCCUGCAUCAGUUCCUCUAAAUUCAACUUUUGGAAGCAGUGAAAAUUGA